GGCGGCCAUGCCAGCUUUCUGACGACAGUCACUCUUUGCUUGACAGACGCUCCCUUCUUUUCUUACAUACCCAUCACGAGUCGCAAUAUCUGGAUACUUUCUUUGUUUUUUAGCCUUUCUGCGAUCAAAGCGUGGUCUUAGGCACGUCGCCUGCUGAUAUUUAUUAAGCAUAUUGCAAGAUAGAAGUGGUAGAAUGGCUACCAGAGCAGCGCACAAGCGUCUUACGCGAGAAUACCAAAAUAUUCAAAAAACCCCACCUCCGUUCAUUGUCGCACAUCCCUCGGAGACGAAUAUAUUAGAGAUUAACAAGGUGGCACUACAUUUUGACCGGCCCCCCAAGACUCCAUAUGAGAAUGGCCAAUAUUGGGGCACGUUGAUAUUUCCUCCCGAAUACCCCUUCGCGCCACCAGCCAUCCGAAUGCACACGCCAAGUGGUCGAUUCCAGCCCUCGACGAGGUUGUGUCUGAGCAUCAGCGAUUUCCAUCCCAAAUCCUUUAACCCAGCAUGGGAGGUGUCGACUAUACUAAUCGGCCUUUUGAGUUUUAUGACCAGCGAGGAAAUGACAACGGGCAGUGUCAGUGCUUCAGAAAGCGAACGCAGGCUAUUGGCUGCACGUUCUAGAUGGUGGAAUUCCACCGGAGGAGGAUCGCAUUCAGGUGUCUCUGCAGGCGUCACCGCCACCAGCAAGGGAAUCAAUAACAUUAAAGCAGGCGAUGGAGGGCUCAAAUUUCGCACGGAAUGGACAGAGACAGACCAAGAGAACUGGAAGUGGAUGAAAGACAACCGCAUUGAUACAGCGACUGGACAAAUCAUUCCCGACCCUAAUUCUUUAGCGGUGAACAACUGUUCUCCCGAAACAUCAGCCUUUCGCCGACGCCCCGUUGGCAGCGGUCCGCGACUAGGCGCUGUCAUGGAAGGCGGCCAAGUUGCGAGAGAAGCCGGUCAGAGCUGGAUCCGGCGGCACAAGUUUUUAGUGGUGCUGGCAGUUAUCUUCGGAUACGCUCUUGUGACCAGAUUAUAUCAGGAUAUUCAAGGCUGAUGGUAGCAGGAUUCAGCCUUACCGCUCAUCUUUUCUUUGUCUAUCGCGAUGCAGGCGAUUCUUUGAGGAGUCGAGACGCGAUGAGCCGCAUGAUCUUUUCUUCCAUGUCUUAACUUGUUUGACGGAUUUUAGAGGCGGUGUUUUGAUAAGCGAGUAUGCAAAGCUCAUAGAAUAUAUUCUAUACUUCCUUACGCUAGGGCGGAGUGGGCUGGGCUGCGUCUGGGCUCAACUAGUAAGAAUGAGGCUGGCUGUUCGCUGUGGGGCUGCAAGGCCGUUAUUCUUAGUACGUAUUAUUAUUAUUUAGUAUUAAUAUUUACUUUUUCCAUAUGCAUGGUUC